AGAGACGCUGACUGAAAAGUAACUAGAAAUUAUGAAAAUCGAAUGGGCUCCACUUCAGGUGCCGCUUCAGCGGCGUUUACAAAUUUUGGUCACUGCCUUUUUUACCUGGUCCUUUUUCCUACUGCCCAUAGUAUCAGUGAUAAUUGUGGCUCUACUUUUUAUCUAUGGCAGUUUGUUUUUAAGAGCUUUGAUUGUGCUCUAUCUUAUUUAUUCAUAUUUUGAUCAUAAGCGCACUUAUUCCGCCAUGGAUGGCAAUGGCUGGAUGAUCAAUCGUACUAAUUCCAUUUAUCGCAACUAUCGCAAUUAUUUUCCUGUUGAAUUGGUUAAGACAGCCGAUUUGCCAGCCAAUCGUAACUAUAUCCUAGCCAGUUUCCCCCAUGGCAUUUUAGGCACUGGGAUUUGCAUUAACAUGGGCCUGGACAUAACUAAGUGGCUCGAAUUGUUUCCCAAAAUUCGUCCCAAAGUUGGUACACUCGAUCAGCAUUUUCAGACACCAAUUCUACGUGAAUUGCUACGUUGGUGGGGUUUGGUUUCAGUUUCCAAAGAGUCUUUGGUCUAUUUUCUAACCAAAUCAAAUGAUCCCAAGCAUAAAGAUAAUCGUGAUGGUUUCACAUCCAAUGCGGUGGCUAUCUUAGUGGGUGGAGCCCAAGAGGCACUGGAUUCACAUCCUGGACGUUAUAUAUUGACCCUAAAGAAUCGCAAAGGUUUCGUUAAAAUGGCUAUACGUACGGGUUCCUCUAUAGUCCCCAGCAUAUCAUUUGGUGAAGUUGAUAUAUUCAAUCAGGUGGCAAAUCCUCCAAAUUCAAUUUUACGCAAAAUUCAAGAUUUUGUGAAAAAAUUUACUGGCAUUUCACCUUUGAUUCCAGUUGGUCGUGGUUUCUUUAAUUAUACUUUUGGUUUUCUACCCUAUCGUCGUCCUAUUGUGCAAGUUGUGGGUUCUCCCAUAGAUGUCUUAAAGAGUUCUCAACCCGAUCCAGCCUAUGUAGAAGAAAUUCAUGCCAAGGUUAUGACUGAAUUGGAACAAUUGUUUGAUAAAUACAAGGAGAAAUAUAUACCCGAUUCCAAAAAUAUCAAAUUGAUAAUCCAAUAGAUCCAAACCAAAUAUAAGCAUUUGUGAUUACCAUAGCUAAAAAUUCCAAUCCGAAAAUAUUGGUUUUGCCUUGUUUAUGCCUAAAUAUAUGUUAGUUUGUUAUUAUUUUUAACCAAAUUCCUAAACAAAUAUGGAAUUUUGCCUUUGAUUUUAUCUAAAUAUAUAAAAUUCAUUUAGUUUGUUAUUUUUAACGAAA